AUAACAAUAAUCCACAACUAAAUCCAUCUGAAUUGAAAGAAUUGUGUAGUCUUAAAUUCGGCAGUUGGAAUUGAACGAUAAGCAUCAUGGGGUCGUUAUUCCGAAGUGAAGAAAUGACCUUGUGUCAGCUUUUUCUUCAAAGUGAAGCCGCUUACGCUUGUGUGUCUGAGCUCGGUGAACUUGGAUUAGUUCAAUUUAGAGAUUUAAAUCCUGAUGUGAAUGCAUUUCAACGUAAAUUCGUUAAUGAAGUUCGUCGUUGCGAUGAAAUGGAAAGAAAAUUACGUUACUUAGAGAAGGAAAUUAAAAAAGAUGGUAUUCCAAUGCUUGAUACCGGCGAUAGUCCUGAAGCUCCCCAACCCAGGGAAAUGAUUGAUCUCGAGGCAACUUUUGAGAAACUCGAGAAUGAGCUUCGUGAGGUUAAUCAAAAUGCCGAAGCACUAAAACGUAACUUUCUUGAACUAACUGAGUUAAAGCACAUUCUGCGCAAGACUCAAGUCUUUUUCGAUGAGCAAGAGGGUGGUCUUAAUACCACAACCGAAUCGAUGACUCGUGCUCUUAUAACGGACGAAUCACGAACUGGACAUUCAAUGGGUCCUGUGCAACUUGGUUUUCUGGAAAAGUCUCAAGAGCGUGGUGAAGAUUAUCUACCAUGCUUCGUAGCUGGCGUAAUUCUUCGAGAACGUUUGCCAGCAUUUGAACGAAUGUUAUGGCGUGCAUGUCGUGGUAAUGUAUUUUUGCGACAAGCAAUGAUUGAAUCUCCAUUGGAAGAUCCUGCUAAUGGCGAUCAAGUAUACAAAUCAGUGUUCAUCAUCUUUUUCCAAGGAGAUCAACUCAAGACUCGUGUGAAAAAAAUCUGUGAAGGAUUCCGUGCCACACUCUAUCCCUGCCCAGAGGCACCAGCCGAUCGUCGUGAAAUGGCCAUGGGUGUUAUGACACGCAUUGAAGAUCUCAAUACUGUUUUGGGUCAAACCCAAGAUCAUCGUCAUCGAGUUUUAGUUGCUGCUGCUAAGAAUCUUAAAAAUUGGUUUGUCAAAGUUCGCAAAAUCAAAGCCAUCUAUCAUACUUUGAAUCUUUUCAAUUUGGAUGUAACACAAAAGUGUUUGAUCGCUGAAUGCUGGGUGCCAGUACUUGACAUAGAAACUAUCCAACUGGCAUUGCGGCGUGGUACGGAACGCUCGGGUUCAUCGGUACCACCGAUUCUCAAUCGAAUGCAAACCUUUGAGAAUCCUCCGACUUACAAUCGGACUAAUAAAUUCACCAAAGCUUUUCAAGCUCUCAUUGAUGCGUAUGGUGUAGCUAGCUACCGGGAAAUGAACCCGGCUCCAUACACAAUCAUAACUUUCCCCUUUUUGUUCGCCGUGAUGUUUGGCGAUUUAGGACACGGAGCUAUUAUGGCACUCUUUGGUUUAUGGAUGAUUCGCAAGGAAAAAGGACUAGCUGCUAGCAAAAGUGACAAUGAAAUUUGGAAUAUCUUCUUUGGCGGACGUUAUAUAAUCUUUUUGAUGGGUGUCUUCUCCAUGUACACUGGACUUAUUUACAAUGACAUUUUUUCAAAAUCACUCAACAUAUUUGGAUCGCAUUGGAAGAUUCAAUACAAUGUAUCGACUGUAAUGACAAACAAACAAUUGCAAUUGAAUCCAGAAUUCGACGACUAUGAGGGUUAUCCGUAUCCCUUUGGCAUGGAUCCUGUAUGGCAGAUUGCAAGUGCUAACAAAAUUAUCUUUCAAAAUGCUUACAAAAUGAAGAUUUCCAUUAUUUUCGGUGUGAUUCAUAUGAUUUUUGGUGUCAUAAUGAGCUGGCAUAAUCAUCGUUACUUCAAGAAUCGCAUUGCAAUUUUAUUCGAAUUUAUUCCACAGAUGAUCUUUUUGUUGUUUUUGUUUUUCUAUAUGGCUUUGUUGAUGUUUAUUAAAUGGAAUCGUUAUGCUGCUGAUAGACCUGCACCAUACUCGGCUUCUUGUGCUCCAUCUAUUCUAAUUACAUUCAUUAAUAUGGUUCUGUUUAAGCCUCCAAAUGAGCCUACUGAUGGUUGCAGCCCUUACAUGUAUGCUGGACAAGGAUUCUUUGAGAAAUUGUUGGUACUUAUUGCUUUGGGAUGUGUUCCAGUCAUGUUACUCGGAAAACCAUUGCACAUUAUGAAACAAAGGAAACUUGCUAACAUUCAACCCAUUCAUCCAGUUGGAAAUGGUGAUGCUGAAGCUGGAAUGAAUCCUGAUGGAAUGACAAAUACUGAAGGUGGACAACAUGGUGGUGGCGGUGGUCAUGAUGAAGAAGAAAUGUCUGAGAUAUUCAUUCAUCAGGGCAUCCAUACAAUUGAAUAUGUUCUUGGAUCUGUUUCUCAUACUGCUUCUUAUCUUCGUUUGUGGGCUUUGUCAUUGGCUCAUGCUCAACUUGCUGAAGUCUUGUGGACUAUGGUUUUGUCAAUUGGAUUGCGACAAGAUGGAUGGUUAGGUGGUAUUAUGUUGUGGAUUGUAUUUUCGUUUUGGGCUAUUCUUACUGUUGGUAUUUUGGUUUUGAUGGAAGGCUUGUCAGCUUUCUUGCAUACUCUACGUUUGCAUUGGGUUGAAUUCCAAAGUAAAUUCUAUGCUGGUCAAGGAUAUGCUUUUACACCAUUUGCAUUCGAGGCUAUUUUGGAAACUGGAGCUGUUACAGCAGAAGAAUAAGUUUAAACCAGCUAAAGAAAUAUUUAAAAAGAAUUUAUUAAUUAUAAACAAAUAAAAAAUAUAAACAUAAUAUAGCAAAAUACCCAAGAA